AUGGCAGUCACUGCCUCUUCUUUUGGCUCCAGGGUCUUUCGGGCUUUUUCUGUCGUUCUCUUGACUUCCUGGACAAUAACAACACUUGGUUUCUCCGCACUUAACGUCCUGAACGAAAACCGGAGCCUCAUCGGAACAGCAGCAUCAAUCAGUCUGCUCACAUAUCUGGCAUGCCGACUCCUGGUGGUCACACAGCCAACUGCCCAAAAUGACUCGAUUGCCCACAUUCUGACAACCGCCUACCUCCGAUCACGCGGAGAAGCUCUGGCAACUCUCGUGUUUACAUGUGCGUGGCUGUAUGAACUCCUCUCCCAAGCGGUGAUAAUGGUGUUCAUGACCAUUUUCGGAGGCGCGAUCGCGACCGCUAUCUACACCGAUGCGUUUGUCGAUGAUCCAAAUGAUCUUCAUCAAAGUGAUUCAGACAGGGAGAAUACCUCCCUGGCGGUUGCGGAGAUUGACGAAUUCAAAGAAAAAGUGGGCGUGGAUCCAGUCGCUCUUUUCAAGUUAAUUCCACCCAAGGCCCUGAUCUGUUUUGCCAUUCUUGUGUGGGUCAAUUUUGCGACUUUGGGUCUUUAUGUAUUGCGUCUUUUGUGGAGGUCGGCAAAGGUGGUGCUUGGAUCUUCGCCUGCCCCUGUUGUACAAAAAGAUGAGGCUCGAGACUCAAAGUGA